GCGGGGGCCGAGCAGGGGUGACUGGCGCCCCAGACUCCGGCCCAGACCCUGGCCGGUCUGCCCUGGGAUCACGGGUCUUCCCCAGGCAGUGCCGACCCCUGCGAGGCCCGGCAAGGGGCAGGGGGUCCAAGGAGUGCCCAAGGAGGGCACAGCCGGCCCACAGUCAGGCUUCCAGGCUGGUGCCCACUGGGUUCCUGCACCCGUGCUGGCCCAGCUCUCACCCUGCCGCAGCUCAGUGUGCUGGGCAGCAGGCAGCCAGGCCUGGUCCAAGCUCUCCUGCAGAUGGAGGCCGUCGUCCUGAUCCCCUAUAUGCUGGGCCUCCUGUUGCUGCCCCUCUUGGCCGUAGUGCUGUGCGUGCGCUGCCGAGAGCUGCCAGGCUCUUACGACAGCACCGCCUCUGAUAGCUUGACCCCAAGUAGCAUUGUGCUCAAAAGGCCUCCUACAGUUGUGCCCUGGCCAUCGGCCCCGUCCUAUGGGCCUGUUACCUCCUACCCAUCCUUGAGCCAGCCGGACCUGCUUCCCAUCCCGAGGUCCCCACAGCCCCCCGGGGGCUCCCACCGCAUGCCGUCUUCCCGGCAGGACUCAGAUGGUGCCAACAGUGUGGCAAGCUACGAGAACGAGGGUGCGUCUAGGGCCCCGGGGGCCCUGGUUGCAGGGAGGCUGGGGCCUGGCCUGCGCCCUGAUCGCUGUGUCGUUACCCCAGAGCACCUCUCCUGCGAGAACAAUGAUGAGGACGAGGAGGAGGAGUAUCACAACGAGGGCUACUUGGAGGUGCUUCCUGACAGCACGCCAGCCGCCGGCACUGCGGUCCCACCGGCUCCGGUGCCCAGCAACCCCAGCCUCCGAGACAGCGCCUUCUCCAUGGAGUCGGGGGAGGAUUAUGUGAACGUCCCUGAGAGCAAGGAAAGUGCAAAUGCAUCUCUGGAUGGGAGCCGGGAGUAUGUGAAUGUAUCUCAGGAGCUGCCGUCCUUGGCUGGGACCGACCCUGUCAUCCUGAGCUCCCAGGAGGUGGAGGACAAUGAUGAUGAUGAUGAUGACGACGACGAAGAAGAAGAAGAGGGAGCUCCAGAUUAUGAGAAUCUGCAGGGGCUUAACUGAGGGUCCGGGAGAGGCCAUGCCUGUCCUGGAACAAGCCUGUCCUGGGAGCGCUCAGCUGGGCAACUGGCAGGGCUCUGGGGGGCCCCCACUUGGCACCCCACCCUGACUCCAGCCAGAGAACAGUCUGAGAAUCUCCCCCUAACUUAUUGUCACUUUGGGGUGCAGUGUGUGUGCCCCCAGCACUGCACCUUUUGACGCAGCCUGAGAAUGAACUACCCUGGCCUCAGCCCUGUUCUGCAGUAGAAUAAAGGCUGCUGUGGUCUGUAGCACUCUUGCCUUUGGGGGGCCUGGUGGAUGGGAGUCUACAUGAGGGUGGGCUGUGCCUGAGCACCUUUGUGGGAGUGUAUGUGUGCACGAGCCUGUGUGUGUCUGUGUGUGGGGCUGCCGUGCUCCUGAGGGGCCUGACAGGUACUAGGAGUGCCUGAAUGGUGGCCGGGACACGGCACCUUGGUGCGAGGCAAGUCCAACCCAGGCUGGCUUGUCCAGGCUUCAGGGCAUCCCUUGCCCAUGAGGUCGUCCAUGGACAUGGCAGAUGAUGGCUGGGAUGAUGGGAGGGCAAUGCAUGAGGAAGCCCUGGGUGCAGAGUGGAUGCAUAGAACAAGAUUGCUUCCCACUGGCCCUCAGGUUCUCCAUCUUUAAGGCAAGGGGAUGGACUUGACCCCAGGCAACUGAAAGGUAAUGUGCAGUGUAGCCUCUUCAGACCUUGGUGUGCAGAUGGCUCACCUGGAGGUCUUGCCAAAAUGCAAAUUCCAAAUGAGUAGGUCUGGAAUGGGGUCUGAGAGUCUGCAUUUUCAAAGGAGCUACCAGGGAGUUCCAACAGCUCUGUUCUGAGAAGCACACUUCAAGCAGCUUCUGGUGGAUGCCUUGGUCACUGUGACUGGCUCUGGUCUGGGCACAUAAACCUAACCUGGGCCCCCGAGGACCAACCCUGGGAUUUGGCAGAAAGUGUCUGGAAGGCGAAGCUCUUCUUACACACAGCUUGGUAAAUUUGGCUCUUCCUAGAGCCCCUACUUGGAGAGCCUGCCCGAGAAUGAAGGUGAUGUGGAGGACAGAAUGGCCCAAAUCUGGACAGGGCCAGCUUCCCAAUGGCAUCGGAAUUCCCGGAUCUGGUCACAUCC